UAUAAUCAUUUUAUCGCCUCGCAUCAUGCACCAAUGAUUUCUCCUUUAUGACAACUCGGGCUCGAGUCAGUCACUAGGGCUGCAUCUUGAGUCCUAACCGGCAGGAUCAUGUAUCCUCUAGGUGGGAAUUGUAGGUGUUCAGUGUUCCUUCAAAACAAUUCCUUGACAACAAGUAUCAUGUGAUCAUAUGUUAAGAUCCUGAAAUAUACUCAUAUAUAUGACGACUGUGUGUUAGAGGAAUCUACAUAUCGUUACGGAUCGUGAAUCUGCCACUUUGAUAAUGGGUUUAACGAUGGUUCUUGUGCUCCAUGGGAUACAACUGGCUUCCCUACCACCCGGUGUCCCCGUCUCGUCAAGAGGAGACUGUGUGUCUAAAUGUCACCUUCAGAGGAACUGCUCAUCUGUCUUCUAUGAUGGCAGCACCAAUGUGUGUCAGCUUUCUGCCGAGGUGUUCCUGCAACAGGACUUGACAAGCACACCAAACAACAUGCAGUAUUUGGAAUGGAGAAGAGAUGACUGCGACAAGGGCUACACGUGGUACCGAAGCCUAGGCCUCUGUAACAAGAUCUACAACUCAACGAAAACCUGGUUCCAAGCCAACCAUACAUGCCAUCAAGACGGCGGACAUCUCAUCAAAGUGGACAGUGCUGGCAUCAAUGCAUUUAUGAACAAGAUAUCCGAUUCACACUCUGCCAUUGUCUGGCUGGGUGGUUUUAAAGCUAAUCCCAGUGGAAAGUGGACAUGGUCAGAUGGAAGUGUCAUCAGUCCAGACUUCUUGGACAACACUGAACCAGACCCAGGGGCAGAUAAGUGUACAACACUGCCUCUGGAGGGAGAGCCUUACUGUUGA